UUUCAAAGCAUUGAUCCCACAGAAUAUCAUUCAAUUCAUAACCCCGAUCUAUGGCACAGACAAAAAUUAUGUCAAUCAUACAAACUCUGACCAAUGUCAAAAGGGGUUGGAGGGAUCAAGCAGAAAAAACCAAGCUUUUAAUCGAAAAAUGUGACAGAACAGAAAAGAAAAUGCUGAUUCAGGGGAACAAAGAAAUGGGAAGUAAUGUUUGAAAUGAAGGUAUUUAAGGGUGCAAAGCUUCAAUUAAAAAUGUAACAGAUGAUAUGCCUGCUCGAAAUGUAAACUUAGGCUACAUCAGAAAUGGGGCAAAAACCUUAAAUAUAUGGCUUACAGGCCGCCUUACCCCCUUUGUAUGCAUGAAGCACUCUUCAGUUGGCAAUGCUCUAGAAACUGGAAUCACAUUAGUUUGAGUUCAAAAAUAUUCACAUUUGUAUUUAUGUUCCUUUUCUGAUCUUCGAAUCUCAAAUUCUUCCCAAUAAACAAUGAUAUCAACAACUGCUAUACCCAACGAUAUUCCUCGCAACAAUAAGUCCUCACCUCACAAUGCGACUACAAUUAAUCCUGAGCAUACUGAUGCACAGAAAAUUCAAGCUGCAUUGAUUGAAUCCUUCAGCCAAAUAUGUUCUGCUGGACAAAUGGAACUGUGUCAAAGGCUCGGCAUGCUAUCGAAAAAUGAGCAGCAACAAGCUUUCAAAAUGGCAAAAGCUCUUAUUGAAAACCGACAAAUGCCCGUUACCCUAGAGGAUUGGAAUGGCUUAACAGAAUGGGUGCUUCUACUACGUGAUCGCUACACCAUGCAAAUUGAGUUGCAAGCUAUUCGACAGUGUGAGAGUGAUGCAGAGCGUAUGACCUAUAUGGAAGAAGUUCAACGUUUGAGUCAUUGUCUAGAAGAUUAUGGACAAGCGCAUGAAGACCUUACUGAUCUUAUCCAAGCCCUCAAGAAAUUACGAAAUGAAUGGAAGCACAGAAACAAAGAUGUUGAGAAUAUUGUAUUAUCGAUCUUAUCCUCUUCACAAUUAAAGAACAGAAACUAUCGUGUUGUUAAAGUGACAAGGUCUCAACUAAGCACGCUUGGUUUAGGACUCAGUUCUAUUGGAAAAUAUUACAUCGUUUACGAAUCAACUAUGUCUGAUGAAGCAAAGAAGCAAGUACUGAACUGUAUUGCUAAUGACUUUAGCAUGGUCUUUCAAGAAAAUGCAGCUCAAAAUUUAGCAAGGAUGGCUGAUACCCAUCAUCAUAUUUUUAAGAAGGAAGAGGAGGUGGAUGUUUUAGAAGAAAUACAGAGACUCACGCACAAGGUUUAUAUAACUCGUCCAAAAUCUGUUGUAUUGCCCUACCCAACUAUUCUUCCCACUGCCAGUACCAGCUUCGCCGGGCAAAACUCUGUCGACACCAACACGCCUUUGAAUAAAAGAAAUUCUACAUUUCUGGAAAGAAGGAAAUCCAUCAUUAUUAUUGAUGAGGAUGGCGAUGAAAAGAAAAAUGAUGCCUUUGGAAAUAACAAUAGUGCUAACCCUCUAAAAACUCCUAUGGUUUUCAAUAUGGCAAAUCCUAUCUUUGAACCUGCUGGUUGGGAUUGGCCUCAUUUUCUUAAAUACAAAAUAUCGAGGACUAGAAGCAAUAACAACAGUAGCCAACCAAAUAGCAGCGCUUAUUGGUGUCGACAAAACUCAGCCAAUGCAAUAUCAGCAAGCAUUGACAGUGAAACGACAAAUGCUGCUCCUUCCGGUGUUUGGUGUACAUCAAUUAGCCGUCUAGCAGUACACUUCGGCAAAGUAGGUCAGGAUUAUUAUUCUAAUAUGCUCAAUAAUGCCCGUUUGAUGCAUUCUCAUCGAGCUCAAAUGUUCGAAUUUGCCUCCCACUCUUUGAUGAAAACAUAUCGCGCCUUACAACUAGAACAUGGUUGCGCUAAUUUAAGUCGAACCUUGGUUUUCCUAUAUAGACUUCAACAAGAGUCCGCUAGAGUUUAAUAACUCAUAAGCAUUCUUAUCAGCUAUCAACUUUUUCAGCUUACUAUUGCCUGAGAAACCCUUCUAGUAUUGAUACAAGUUCAAGUUUAA